AUGACGUCGAAAGCAGCUAGCCGGCCAGGCGAGACAUACGAGCUCAUUGGCCAGGACUUGGGCUGGAACACCCGCGGGCGCGCCGGGGUCAGCAUCACCUUCCAGGACGGCGACUUCCAAAUCCAGCCUUUCGCGCACCUUGGGUUUGAAACCCAGUCUGAGCAGAAACAGGACGAACUCCUCGCCAGUACUUUGUCAGGGCUUCUCGGAUCCACGCGCCCCAUCCGGCAGAGACUCAGGUUGAAAGACUUUCAGAGCCAGAGCGGGUCACCAGAGCAUACGGAGAUGGGGAUUCCGCAUCCUCUGCUCGAGAAAUGGGGCAGCUCCCUCGUUGAGAGCCGUGGUGCCUUCAAGAAGUGGGCGGACACGCACUGCCAGGCCGGAUGGCCUGCUUUGAUGACCAAUGACAGCAGGAUCGCUUGCCAGGACAUCGUGUCGGCUGUGAAUCAGAGCUAUCGCGGAGCCUUGGGAGAGCUGUACUCAGAGUCGAUGGACGAAGUUCGGAGGAAGCAGGACGAGCUUGACGGCGUCCUGUUCGACGAGCCGGUCGAUGAGUUCCCGAGGAUCAUGCUCCUGAAGGCUGUCCGGGGCCUCAUGAAGCGGCAGAUACAUUCCGACUACCUGCCCUUCUUCCUGAAGAUCUCGCCUUCAGCCUGGAGCGCCGAGUCCCUCGAGACCGGAAACACAGCGCGAGGUGAUCUCGUUCGCGAUCGGCAAAUCGUCCAAAACUGGCUCGAUACGUGGCCUGGAUUGUUCACGAGGCAUGUCAUUGGCAGAAGUCCACAGGAUUUCCAGACGAUCGUCGAGGCGGUCAACGCCACGCAGACAGCGAGUUCUGGUGAUAGCACAGCGUGA